GUAUUUGUUCAAAAACUUCGUCCUGCUUGGUUGAAUCGAAUUCUCGAUCGUCUGGCACACAGUCCAACCCAUUUCAACAAAUUUAUGGAGAUAUUAGUUGAGAUGGUGACAUCGCAAAAACAUCCAGAGUGGACUAGGCGUGCGUUGAAGUGGCUUUGUAAAAUCUUCGAGCAUCCAGAAUUGACCAAAAUGCUUAAAUCAUGUCAACCCUCUCUGUGUCGUUUUGUUUCGCACAGUGCAGAUAUGCUCGGAAUACACCAACUGUUACGGCCUACAAUCGAUAUGAUUGAAGAAACUCCAAAGUCAGGCAAAGUCGAAUUCGCGUUUUCAAAGGCCCCUAUUUAUGACACAGGCUACGUUUAUGUUGAUGAUUCUGACGAGGACUUUGGUGCCUCCACGAAACGACGUCGUCAGACACAGUGUGAUGGCGAUGAAGCCGAGGAAUUGGAUGACGAUGAUGAAGAUGGUCAGUUAUCAGUCCUCAGUACUGAUGACGACCAGGAAAUAAGCGACGGUGACAUCAGCGACGUCUCCGGGGCGUCUGCAGAUGACGGAGUUUUUGAUGUGGACAACGGCUCCUCUUCAUCCCUCCCCGAGAGCCAAGCGUCCUCAAAUCUUCGCCAAGCACAUCGACCAUCUGCCAAGACUUUUCCUGAUGACAGUAGCGGAGAUGAUGACGAGGAGGAAGAGGAAGAUUUCGACAGUACUGAAGAUGAUGACGAUGAUGAGGAAUCGAGUUUUCUUCCUGAACUGGGGGAGGAAGACGAAGAAGAGGAGGCAAAAGCAGGAGGCAGCGGAUGCGAGAGCCAGGAAGCCUCCUCUCCACGCCGUUCAAGUAAAUCAAACGCUCAGCCACUCCGACGCUCACCACGGAAGUCGAAACGCCGAUGA